AUGGCUAAGGAGUUAUUGGCGAGUACACGGGUCGAUAUCGACAGAUUCGACGGUAGCGGAGAUUUUUCUUUGUGGAAGACAAGGAUGAUGUCAAAUUUUCGUAUCCUUGGGCUGAAGGAGGUUAUCACAGAUUUUAAGCUCAUGAAGGAAGUUCCUCUCACCAGGACUGAGCCGAGACCAACUGUUGAGGGUGUUCCAACAGUCUUGUCGGAGCCACAAACACAAUGGGUUCCAGAUCCUGUAAAGCAUGAGAAAUCAGAGAAAGCCAUGGGUGUGAUUAUUGCGAGUGUUGGUAAUCAUGUGCUGCGGAAGAUUGAGCAUUGUGAGACAGCAGCAGAGAUGUGGUCACUCUUGAACAAGCUUUACAUGGAGAGCACUUUACCAAACAGGAUUCAUCUGCAACUACAGUUUUAUACAUUCAAGAUGAAUGAAUCAAGGUCUGUUGAUGAGAAUGUAGAUGAUUUUCUGAAAAUAGUUGCAGAGCUGAGUAGUCUUGAUGUGAAGGUUUCAAAUGAGGUCCAAGCUAUUCUGUUCUUGACUUCACUAUCAUCAAGCUAUGAUCAGCUGAAGCAUACUCUGAAGUAUGGACGAGAUUCUCUGACCUUAGAGGAGGUUGUAUCUGCAGUCAGGUCAAGAGAAAGAGAACUUACAACUGAAGUUCAAAGGGAUUACAAAAGUCCUGCAGCAAGCUUGUAUGCUAAAGAUAGAGGAAGGUCAACCUCUAAAGGUCCCAAGGAGAAUGGGAGAGGCAGGAGCAGAUCAAGCUCUAAGUUUAGAGUUACUUGCUGGUUUUGCAAGAAAGAGGGUCAUAUGAAAAAAGAUUGCUAUGCUAGGAAGAAGAAGUAUGGGGUUGAUGGUCCAGGAGAAGCAGGAGUUAUCAUAGAGAAGUUGGUUAUCUCAGAAGCAUUGAGCAUGGAUGGUCAAGGAGCUAAAGAUGUGUGGGUGUUGGAUUCUGGAUGUACAUUCCAUAUGACAUCACGUAGAGACUGGUUUGUUGAUCUACACGAUAAUGGAGGUACAACUAUUCUGUUGGGUGAUGAUCAUUCAGUUCAAUCACAAGGACAGGGAUCAAUCAGAAUAAAUACUCAUGGUGGCUCAAUCAAGGUCCUGAACAAUGUGAGAUAUGUACCAGAGUUGAGAAGAAAUCUUAUCUCCACAGGCACACUAGACAGACUUGGGUUUAAGCAUGAAGGUGGAGAUGGUAAAGUCAGAUACUUCAAGAACAACAAGACUGCACUCCGUGGUGAAUUGAAAAAUGGACUGUAUCUCCUCGAUGGUGAGACUGUUUUACCUGAAACCUGCAAUGUUGAGAAGAAACAGGUUGAGAUAGAUAAAACAGUUCUGUGGCAUAGUAGACUUGGGCAUAUGAGCAUCAACAGCAUGAGAAUCUUGACUGGAAAAGGGUUGAUUGACAGAAAAGAAGUGAAAGAGCUCAAGUUUUGUGAACAUUGUGUAAUGGGAAAAUCAAAGAAGCUGAGCUUUAAUGUGGGAAGACACGACACACAAGAUGUUCUUGGAUAUCUACAUGCUGAUUUGUGGGGUUCACCAAAUACCACACCUUCGUUACCAGGGAAGCAAUACUUCUUGUCUAUCAUCGAUGACAAGACAAGAAAGGUGUGGUUAAUGUUCUUGAAGACAAAGGAUGAAACAUUUGACAAGUUCUGUGAAUGGAAGAAUUUGGUGGAGAACCAAAUGAACAAAAUAGUGAAAGUUCUCAGAACUGACAAUGGGCUGGAGUUUUGUAAUGUGAAGUUUGAUGACUAUUGCAGAACACAUGGCAUAGAGAGGCAUCGCACUUGUACCUAUACACCACAUCAAAAUGGUGUUGCGGAGAGGAUGAAUCGUACACUAAUGGAGAAAGUGAGAUGUAUGUUGAAUGAGUCUGGACUUGGAGAAGAGUUCUGGGCAGAAGCAGCUAGUACAGCAGCUUAUGUAAUCAACAGAUCUCCAUGCUCUGCAAUAGAUCACAAUGUACCAGAAGAGUUGUGGCUAAACAGAAAACCAGGAUAUAAGCAUAUGAGAAAGUUUGGCUCUAUCGCUUAUGUGCAUCAUGAUCAAGGAAAGUUGAAGCCAAGAGCAUUGAAAGGGGUUUUCUUGGGUUAUCCACAAGGCACAAAGGGUUACAGAGUCUGGUUGUUGGAGUUGGAGAAGUGUGUUAUAAGCAGAAAUGUUGUGUUUCAUGAGGAAAAGGUUUUCAAAGAUCUAAAGUCUGAAGAAGAACAUGGGGUUAAGAACAGUGUUGAGUCUGGUCAAUCAAGUGAGUCAAGCAGAGUUGAGAUUACGGCUGAUGUGAGUUCAGAGGAACAACAACCAAGUACUGAGAAUAUUGUUUCAGGUGGAGUUACUGUGGAAAGUUCAAGUGAGUCAGAGGAAGAGUUUGAAAAUAAUGAUCAAGAAGAGGUGGAGUUGGCUGGAUAUCAACUAGCAAGGGAAAGAGAUCGAAGAGUUAUAGCUCCACCAGCUCGGUUUAAUGACUACAGUAUGGUAGCUUUUGCACUUCUAACUGCAGAAGAUAUUGAGAUUGAUGAUCCACAGUGUUACCAUGAAGCAAUGCAGUCAAAAGAUUGGGAGAAAUGGAAUGGGUCUAUGGGAGAAGAAAUGGGCUCGUUGGCAAAGAACAGGACUUGGGUUAUUGUUGACAGGCCAAAAGACAAGAAAGUGCUCGGUGGCAGGUGGUUAUACACGAAGAAGCCUGGUAUACCUUGUGUUGAACUAAAGAGAUUCAAAUCAAGAUUAGUAGCUCGGGGUUUUACACAACGUGAAGGCAUAGACUAUCAAGAAGUAUUUGCACCGGUGGUUAAACAUGUCUCUAUAAGGAUUUUGAUGUCAGCGGUUGUGAAUCAAGAUCUUGAGCUGGAACAAAUGGAUGUGAAAACUGCAUUUCUUCAUGGAGAUCUAGAUCAAGAACUUUAUAUGGAGCAGCCUGAGGGGUUUGAAGUAAACAAAGAUAAAGAUCAGGUGUGCCUCUUGAAAAAGUCUCUUUAUGGAUUAAAACAGUCACCUAGACUGUGGAACAAGAGGUUUAAUAAAUUCAUGAUGGAGCAAAAGUUCUUGAGGAGUGAGCGGGACACUUGUGUUUAUGUGAAGAAAGUUGAUCAAGGCUUUGUGUAUCUAUUGUUGUAUGUUGACGGCAUGUUGUUGGCGGCAAAAGAAAUGACAGAGAUUGAGAAGCUGAAGAAAGUGUUGAGCUCAGAGUUUGAAAUGAAGGAUUUGGGUGCAGCGAGUAGGAUUUUGGGUAUUGAUAUCAAGAGAGACAGAAAAGAGGGUGUUCUGUGGUUGUCUCAGUCAGGUUAUUUGGGCAAGGUUAUCAAGAGAUUCAAUAUGGUUGAGGCUAAGACAGUGAAUACACCAAUGGGAGGACAUUUUAAGCUAUCUGCAGUAAGUGACGCUUCAGAAUGUGUUGAUACAGAAAAGGUUCCAUACUCAAGCGCAGUGGGAAGUCUCAUGUAUGCAAUGGUGGGAACAAGACCAGAUUUGGCUUAUGCGAUUGGUUUGGUCAGCAGGUUUAUGAGUAAGCCUGGGAGUAUACAUUGGGAAGCAGUCAAAUGGUUGCUCAGAUAUGUUAAAAGGUCUUCUGAUCUGAGUCUAGUUUUCAGAAGAAACAAAGAUUUCAGAGUUCAAGGUUAUUGUGAUUCAGAUUUUGCUGGGGAUUUGGACAGGAAAAGGUUGACAAGUGGUUAUGUGUUCACUGUAGGAGGUAACACCGUGAGCUGGAGGUCUGGUUUGCAACAGAUUACAGCAUUAUCAACUACUGAAGCUGAAUAUAUAGCAUUGACUGAAGCUGUUAAAGAAGCAAUCUGGAUCAAAGGACUUGUUAAAGAUAUGGGAUUUGAAGAAGAGAAGGCUACAAUUUGGUGUGAUUCACAAUCUGCUAUAUGUUUGUCAAAGAACAGUACAUUUCAUGAAAGAACAAAACAUAUAGCAGUGAAGUAUCACUUCAUCAGAGACAUCAUUGAAGAAGGGGAAGUAGCUGUUGAGAAGAUAGAUACUUCAGAAAAUCCUGCGGAUAUUCUAACCAAGACUGUCCCUGUUAACAAGUUUGUUGCAGCUUUAGAGCUUCUAAGGCUGAUCAACUGA